ACGACUCGGCACAAGAAGGACCCAAAGGUGCAUGGAGGAAAAGUAAAACAAGUGGUUUCCUUAUGACAUUAUAGAUAACGAAGUUUUAAACAGUUUCGUUAUAUAUAGGGGCUUUCAAAUUUUACUUACAUCAUGUUUAUACCUAUUGAAAACACUUCACCCUGCUUCAAAGAAUUUACCUUGGUUAUGCCUGCUGUAUCCGUGGGGAAUGUUGGCCAACUUGCGACAGACCUCAUAAUUUCCACCCUCAACAUGCCUCGAGUAGGGUACUUCCACACCGACUGCCUUAUUCCCUUGGCAGGGAACAAUCCUUAUGCACCAUCCGCAGAUAAUUCAGCUGAAUUGUGCACGACCGCAGAAGUUUACUCUUUGCCUGACUUGAAGUUGACUGUGCUGCAGAUUCGGUCCCCAAUCAUUCAGACGAAGCGUAAACAAUUUCGUAAGCUGAUUACUUCCUGGAUCAAGUCUAGUGGCUUUGCUCGAACGGUUUUACUGUCCAGCAGUCAUGCUUACCAGAGGGAUGACCAGCAGAUUCACAGCGCUCCUCUACGGUACCUUCUGAGCCCAGCCAUGCAGCGCAUUUCCGGCGACGCCCUGAAGGAGCUGGAGUGGAGCGAGAUGGAGAGGGUGAAACUCUUCCCCGGGAUCAGUGAAACGGAGGAAAGGCUCUACAUUCCGGGAGGGGGCGUCACCAAAGGCCUCUACGUAGACUGCUGUUCUGAAGACAUCCCACUAGCAGUGGUGUUGACCUUCUGCUCUGAAGGCGACAACAUCCCGGACGCCUUCGCCCUUGUCAACCAUCUUAACGACUGGCUCCACCUGGUGGGCAAACCUGAAAAUGCACGCUCGCAGUGGAAAGCCCCCUGCUCGUGGAGACUGCUUUUCGGAAGUGGCAUUCCCCCGGCCAUCUUCUGAGGGCGGGGCAGCCUGACCUGUCCUCUCGCAGCCGGCUCCCCCUGCUGCUGACACAGGGAAAUGGGCUGUCUGCCCGCCCAUGCCCUGCAAAAGGAUCAACUGAUGGGCUCUAUGUAGACUGAUAUGAUCAUUUUCCCUUUAUAUCUCAGUUUUCAUCUCCAUAUUGUGGCUAGCUUUGUUAGGUGCCCAUUGUCUGCUCUCUCCAUGGCAACCACCUGUGGGAUUUGAUUUCUGGAUCUCAUUCAGUAGCACUGGUGUCAUGGUGACUGUAAUGUAAUGCCAAUAGUGGCCGUGCACUCAGAAUGUAGAGGCUUAAUUAAAAUAUGGAUAUUAUCUUUGGUGGUAGAAAGUAUAUUUAAUUUUGUAUCACCAAAUCUGAGUUCAGGUGAAAAUUGAAAUUUUCACAAAAAAAGAAAAAUCUUAUCGCAGGAGUUCCUGUGUGUACUCGCUGCAGAUCAGUUGACCAAAUAAAUGCAUUCGAUCUUAAAACACAGGUAGAUAAUAAAGUGAUACGUUUAUUUAGGCACACAAAAAACAACCAGAUCCUGCCCCAAAGUACCUGUUUUUAAUGAGUAUAUUUUGUAUGUUACGUUUGCUUUAUCACAAAAAUGUAUCGACUCCAUAGAUAUUCAAUCCUUUUGACCCAUGUAAUUAAUGUAUUACAUUAUGUUGCACUUCGGGUAUGUAAAUAAACCCUAUUGGCUAUUGCGCAUCAUUUGCAAUUUUGUAAUAAAUGGAUGUCAUUUGAA